AUGUUCAAAAUGAUUGCCUUGGUAUUCGCUGCUCUCUUCGCUAUUGCUGCUGCUCAUCCCAGCUACUUGGCUUCUUCUCCCAUAGUCUACUCUUCACACUAUGUGCAACCCGCUGUGAGAACCCAUUACUCUGUACCCGUGGUCAGGACUGUCUACAACCCAGUAUUUCAAUCUCCAGUUGUCAAGAAUGUCUAUACUCCAGUACACCAAACUCAAGUCGUAAGGAAAGUCUAUACUCCCGUUGUCAAGACUAUUGUUUCCCCAGUAGUCCACACUGUCAAGAAAUUUUAUACUCCUGUUGUCCAAAAUCAAGUUGUAAAGAACGUCUAUACUUCUGUGGUCCACACUCCUGCUGUCAAGACUGUUGUUACUCCAGUAGUCCACUCAGCUCCUGUAGAACAUAGUUCUCCCGUGUACCACUCUGUUCCAGUAGUAAACAAUUAUGCUUCCGUUUAUGGUGCAUGGAAGAAAUAG